ACUGGCAGCCCAGUUUUAGUGUCAAAAGUGCUGCGACUAUUGACGUAUGAAGAUAAACAUGUCAACUGUCACUUGGAUUGUUUUUAUGAUUUGACCCGGUAAAAAUUGUUUUGAGGUGGUGUAAAACGAAUACAACAAUGAAUGUUAUUAUAUAUAGACUUAAAUGUGUUGGUGGUAUGUAGGUUUUCGUUAGUAUUUUUAAUCAUGGAUUCUAAUCGUGAUAGUCAAGAUACUUCGACUCCUAAACGUCGACGACUGGGAACUGGAAGAAUUUUACGACAAACUACACCUAAAAGUCAGCUAAUUUCAAACUGCAGUCCAAUAAAACGUCAACAAAUGAAAGGAGGUUCUCCAGUCAGAAGUUUCUCGCCCCUUAUACCGUGCAAUCAAGUUGAAUUCCGGAGUAUCUGCGAUUCAGAAAACAGUGUGAAUAGUGAUAUUCCAGGUGCCUCUGAUAUCCUAGAGAGUUCACAAAAAAUAGAAUGGGAAUCUUUAGAUGUGUGCACGAGUAAACUCAACGAAAUCUGCGAAAAAUCCAGUGAAUACUUGGAAAACUCUGAGAAACCGGAGGUCUUUGAAGACAUUUCGAAUGACAUGUUCCAUACUAAGUUAGAGCAAUCUUGGCUGAAUCAUGUGGAUCAAAAAUUUAAAGAAAAUAUAGAAGAGAGUUUUAAUAUCGUAAAUCAAUCAAUAAGUAAUCUUGAUGAUGUGAUGGACAAUAAAAGUUCACUUUUUGAAACUCAAGACUCAUUUUUACUUGAUAUUAAAGAUGAAGUAAUACAAAAUAUAAUACCUAAUGUAGAUAAGUGUAAUGCGGAAAUCAAAGUAGAAAAAGGACCAGUCAGUGGUUUUUAUGGUCUGCCUAUGAUAACCAAGGGUUUGUUUAAAUCGUACCGGAACAUUGAAAAGUUUUAUGAAUGGCAAGAAGAAUGUUUGAACUUAGAUGCAAUACAUAAAAGGCGGAAUUUAAUAUAUGCUUUACCAACAAGUGGAGGGAAGACACUGGUAGCUGAAGUACUAAUGUUGAGAGAAGUGCUCAACAGGAAGAAGAAUGCAUUGUUUAUAUUGCCUUUUGUUGCUAUUGUACAGGAAAAGAUUGGGGCCUUGUCACCAUUUGCAGUUCAGCUAGACUUUCUUGUGGAAGAAUAUGCAGCUGGCAAGGGUCUGAUGCCUCCUAAAAAGAGGCGGCGAAAGAACAGUAUUUACAUAGCUACUAUAGAGAAAGGCUUGGCUUUAAUCAGGAGUUUGAUUGAGCUUGAUAGACUCCAUGAGAUUGGCUUAAUUGUAGUGGAUGAAUUGCAUUUAAUUGGUGAAAAGUAUCGAGGAGGCACUCUUGAAACAUUAUUAUCAACAGUAUUGUUUACCGAAAAAGACAUCCAAAUAGUAGGCAUGAGCGCAACCAUCGGCAACCUGCACGAGAUCGCUCAGUUCCUGAGGGCGGACGUGUUCAAGCGGGAGUUCCGGCCCGUCGAACUGACCGAGUAUGUGAAGCUUGGUGAUAUGCUGCAUAAGAUUGUGUGGGGACCUGAUGGGGCGGAGAUCGUGCCGGAGAGGGAACUGGCUUUUGAUUACUCUGCUGCUGCCAAAAACGUGGAUCCAGAUUUACUUGGCGGCCUGGUCUCCGAAGUAGUUCCCAAAGGAAGCUGUCUGGUGUUCUGCUCUACGAAGCGCAACUGCGAAAAUGUUACCGUUCUUCUAUGCAAGCUACAAAGACGAGAAAUGAUGAGCCACCGGAAAGAUGAGCGUCAAGCGCUGGAAAAGGCGUUGAAAGCUGAGGGAGCUAACGCGGAACUAGCGGCUUCGGUCCGCUAUGGCAUCGCCUUCCAUCACGCCGGCCUUGCUAGCGACGAGCGCACGAUGAUUGAACAGGCUUAUAGGUCUGGUGUAAUAUCAGUGAUCUGCUGUACUUCGACGUUGGCCGCCGGCGUGAACCUGCCGGCGCAGCGCGUGAUCAUCCGCGCGCCGCUGGUGGGGCGCGACUUCAUCUCGCUGGGCGCCUACCGCCAGAUGGUGGGCCGGGCGGGCCGCGCCGGCGUCUGCGAUACUGGUGAGAGCAUAAUCAUUUGCGGGCAGCGAGACUGGGCACAACUGCAGGCAGUUCUCCGCGGGGGCCUGGCUCCGGCUCGCAGUGCGCUGCGCAGUACUGCGGAGAGCGCGGGGCUGGCCAGCGCGGGCGGCGGCGCGGCGUCCUUGCUCAUGAGUGGGGUGGCCUUGGGCCUGGCCACUACUAGGCCAAGGCUGAGAGACCUGCUGGCCUGCACGCUGCUCGCUGUCACCGGGGACGAUACGUCUGACGAUAUAAAAACCAUAUGUGAUGAAUGUCUCCGUUCUCUUAUAAAAUCUGGUGCUGUUGAAGUAGUCGAUAAUAAAAAGAAGAAUGGUGAUGUGUCACGAGUUACGGAAGGCAGUGUCCAUGUGUACAAUACUAGCGAACUAGCCGUUAGUAAACUAGGAAAAGCUGCUAUAAAAGGUUGUAUGGACCUGUCUACAGCAAAGCAAUUGCUGUUGGACCUCGAGCUGGCCUCACGCGGGCUGGUGUUGAUGGGCACGCUGCACCUGCUCUACCUGGUCACACCGCACGACGCCGCCGGGGUCAAGCCAGACUACGCACAUUAUUAUUCCUUGUAUUGUAAUCUGGACGAGGAAGGAGUUCACACGGCGAGAAUGUUGGGCAUCACCGAACAAAACGCAAUAAGGAUGAUGACUGGAAAACCUAUCAUCAGUGUGCCAGAAAAAGUGCUUUGUAGGUUUUACUUGGCCUUAAUGUUACAUGACUUAUGGAAGCAAGUACCAUUCCAUGUCGUUUCUAAUAAAUACAACAUCCCGCGCGGCACAGUGCAGUCCGUGAUGUCGUCGGCGUCGUCGCUGGCGUGGAGCGCGCACCGCUUCUGCGAGGAGCUGCCGCAGCUGUGGGGCUUCCGCGCGCUGCUGGGCGAGCUGGCCGCGCGUCUGCUGCACUGCGCCGCGCCCGACCUGCGCGCGCUCAUGGAGCUGCCCGGCGUGCGGAAGGCUCGCGCGCUGCAGCUACUGCGCGGCGGGCUGCGGCGGCCGCAGGACGUGGCGCGCGCGCGGCCGGGCGCGCUGCGGGCGCUGCUGCCGCACCUGUCGCGCGCCGCCGCCGCCACGCUCGUCACGGCCGCCAGGUUGUAUCUUAUAGAGAAAGUGGAGAAUCUACGUGCUGAAGCAGAAGACGUCAUGGAUGAAUUAAAUAACUGAUUUUUCUUCUAAAAAAUCGUUACAAAAUCUAGCAAUGUAUGAAAGCGCUUAGUUCCUAAACCAUGAAGCGUAAGGAUGUUUUUGCUUCGUGUGUUACAGUAAAUGAUGUACAAAAUAUAUGCAUUAGCUGUCAAUAAUUUAAUAAGAAAAUGCUACUUUAUACAAAAUCAAAUUAAAUAUAAGCCAA